AUGACACAUGUGUUAGUUGAACAAGAUGCGACAAUGAUUUCGUUUGUGCCCACCAAUGAAUUGUGUCUGCAAAAAGACCAAGAAAAUGUGAAUAAUGAAUAUGUGUUUAUCAUCGAUUGCAGUGGAUCAAUGGCUGAAGAGUCAAAAAUCGGUUAUGCGAGACAAGCAAUGCUUGUGUUUCUUAAAGCUAUUCCGGUUCAAUCAUCGUUCAACGUUAUCCGAUUUGGUUCAUCGUACGAAAUAUUAUUUAAGAACGACACAGUUGUUGAAUACAAUGAACAGAACGAAAGGACAGCAACACACUAUAUUGAAAACAUGCAAGCAGAUCUCGGUGGAACCGAAUUGUAUGAACCACUGAAAUGGAUCAUGGAACAUCCCCCAAAAACGAAUCAUUCAAGGCAAAUAUUCCUGUUGUCCGAUGGAGAAAUAACUGACGUGCACACCGUUUUGGAUUUAUGCAAACAAACGUCACUCACCACACGAAUCUUUUCGUUUGGUCUCGGUUCAUCACCAUCGCGUGCCCUUAUCAAAGGUCUUGCUCGAUCAACAAACGGUUCCUAUGUAUUCAUUCCACCUAAUACACACGUUGAUAUAGCCGUAGCAAAACAAAUGUCAAAAGCUCUUGCGCCGAGUCUCAUUCAGACAAAGAUCAAAUGUAAUCUUGGCGAAUAUGUAAUAUCACCAAGAAAAAUACCACCAAUAUAUGCAAAUCAACGUCUCAAUAUUUAUUUACUCAUGAAAACGCCAAUAACCACAGAGUUAAAUGGAACAUUCGAAUUUUAUUCCAAUAACAAAGUGCUUCCAGUACCAACUGUAGCUUUUCUUGUACGCAAAUUACGUGAAUAUCGAUAUUCACUCAAAUUGGGACAUAGACUUCAAGAAUCGAAAUCAUUGCAAGCACGAUUCAACGAUUUAUCAAAAGAAAUCGAAACAGAUAAUAAAGCAAAACUUAUAGCCAUCUCACUGAAAUACAAUAUCCUCUGUCCAUACACUGCAUUUGUCGGUAUUGAAAAACGUUUAGCAAAUGAUAAUUCAUGUAUACAACUACGAGAAGUACCCAUUGAAAUUGCCGAUAAUGAGGAUGAUAACAAACAGCGUGACAGGACAUUGAAAAAACGUAUUGCAAUCAGUCACUUGGGAUUUCUCAAUGGCACUUUCUCAGCAAGUGGACACAGAGGGGGAAGCGGUGACCGAGGCGUUAGAACACUGGACAAAUACCGAAAACAAAGUUGCUGCACAUCGGCCUACAACAGACCUAUGAUAAAUUCGCCAGAGCGAGACCUUCAAGAAGAGCAUUACGUAAUCAAUCAGUUCAAUAAUCGAAACAAAGUCGCUCGUAGUAACAAUGCAACCAGUCGUAUUGGCUUUCUCAAUGAUACUUUGUCUGCAAGCGGAUGCGGGGGUGGAAUAGGUGGCCUAGGCGUUAGAACACGGGACAAGGAAAUACAAAGUCUCUCCCCUCGUCUCGAGGAUGAAGAAGACGAUGACACACAAGAACACACAAGUUUCAGAAAGACUAGAAAAAGAGUGGAAACGGCACAAUUGUAUAAGCAACAACGUCGACUUUCUCGUUCUCAUUCUCGAUCGCGCUCUCGUUCUCGAUCGCCUUCUCAUUCUCGAUCACGUUCUCGUUCACGUGGAGCUGUACAGAGAAAAUACUCUGAAAGAAAACAAAAUAACGAUGGAUAUGAAGAGAAUACUGUCCGUCGUUUAAUCAAAAUGCAACAGUUUGAUGGCACAUGGAAUUUGAAUAAAGAGCAGUUAAAAGAAUUUCUAAAUGUAAGUGAUGAUCAGUAUCAACAGAUCACAGCUUUGGAAGAAGAUAGAGUCAUUCUAUCAUCAAUUAUUAUUUUUGUCAUAUUGAAAAAACUAUAUCAAAACGACGAACAGCUCUGGAAGCCAAGUGUUGAUAAAACACAUAAAUAUUUGUUGAAACAUUACGGAAGUAAAGACAAACUGGAUAAACUGAUUGAAAUUAUCACAAAUAUCUUUUAGACAGAAGUUGUAUUUUUACUAUUAAAUAAUUUUAAAUAUAACUUACAUAUACUUCUAAAUCAGCAUGAAAUAACUUGGGAUUUUUUUGAAUAAAUAAAACAAAACUAAGUACACGGAUCAUAAGUGGCGGGACGAUUUGGAUCUAGGGUAGACUCAAAAUUAAUAGAUAGGAAAAACGACAUAGAAAAAGAUUUUUUGUCAGCCUACAGGCUCCGCUGCCUAUGAUACGGAUCUGUUAAAAAAAGCUACUUGUCCACAAUGAUGAAACUCUGAGCACUGAUUCGAGGAAGCAUUUUGAUUAAUACUUUAGCCCCCCCCUCACGGGUCACUGGAGUCGCCAUUCGUAGAAACGUUGUUGAUUUCUAGCGAAAGUUUGCUUCGUUCGCACCUUGAACUUCGACAGAGAAACAGAGAGUGUAGCAAUAAUCGGGACCGAUAAUCGUUUUGUCUUGUGUACUUGAGAAAAGGAGUUGUUGUAAUUGUGUACUCCACAUCAUUAAAAGCAAAUGACGGUAAUACCAACACAACAUCAAUAUUAUCACAUUUGUUCCCUUUCCAGUAUGUUGGCAAUCACAGCUAUACUUUCCUUCUCAAGGUCAGUAAUCAAGUUUUGUUUUAUAUGAAAAUCCAAUCGUUAUAAUCAUAUCAUAAAAUGCAAUUAAGAAAGAGAAACAACAAAAUUUUCAGUAGGAGUAGGCUGAGAUUCGAGACUUUUGAAAACAAACUACAGUAGUUAAAACCAGUGAUUAAACAAUGCAAGCCUUUUACUCUCACCUGGGAGAAUAGUAGGUUGAAUUUACCUACUAACCUGAUCAAGAUUUCAUGUGUAUGUGUCACUUACCGUGAUAUCUGUUAUGCACCUCUUAUGUCCUGGUUUCUCCUCGAAAGAUUGGAUAUCAAAAUAGACAUUUAUGCACCAUUCGAUAGAGAAUUGCAAGAGCUAUAUUUUGCACUAUUUAUAUUCGAAAAACGAGAAAUUUCGAUUUUUCGCCAAAUUUCCGCUUGGAUGCCCGCUGUGCAAGGUGUACAUGACUAGAUUUGUAUCCCCAAGCUUUAUCAAAUGUUUACGAUAAAGUUAAAUUUAUGCUUCAAGCAUGCUUCAUGCUAUCAAAUGCUAGCAUGCUUUGAUGCUAGUUUAUACUUUUUAUUUUAAAAUAAGAAAAAAAAUAACCAGUAGUAAUCACAAGCAAGUAGGAGACACCUAUAAUAGUAAUCAUUAUUUCGUGUAGAUAAAAAACAGAAUAUAAGCAACAGUAAGAGUAUAAGAGAAACAGCAAAAAUAGAUCUUAUGGUUUUUUAAUCUUUUCUGAUUAGCCUGUUUAUUGAUCAAAAAGGUUAAAUAGAAGGCCACCUCAGAGGCAAUUCUGUAAAAUCCAUAUUAAAAGGCCAUGGCCUUUUAUUUUGUCUCAUGAUGUUUAGAUUAUUUUGUUUCGUUAUUUUUUUAUAAAGAGAAAAUGUAAAGU